GAGCAGAGCAUCAGCUGUGGUGAGUCGGAGAGUAAGAAACUUCACUCCCUCCUCCUCUCUCGGUUUUCUCUCUCCCAAAUUCCCUCGGACACCUUUUUAUCUAACUUCUCACAGGAGCAGCUACCGGUGCCUCAGCCAACAAGCUGCAACUGGCAACGGUCUAGCUUUAUUUAUUUAUUUUGUCCUUUUCGGAACGUAUCUGGACGCUCACCGGAGGAUUUCCUGUCCUCGUCCGUUCAGGAGUGACUCGACCAAGUUUUCCCCCAUUCUGCCUAAGGAAUGAGAGCGCUGCUGGGAGGGAGAGCUGAAACUCGUAUGUUUGAAUGAACAAAAGAACAGAAAGCGAGGGCAUUGCCGCCGGAAUGGAGGAAAAUACUCUGCCAGAAGCAACAUAUCCUUGCUCAGUUAUCAACACAAACCCUACAAGGCCCGACCCAGAAGGGGAAAGCAGCCCCUUGAAGACCGACAAGACUCAGAGGAUGGAGUCUCCAGUAAAGAAAGAUUUAGACCGACGACUGACAACCCCCACAAAAUCAGAUGUCAUCCCUCGAUCGCCUGGGUCACCGGCAUCCCCCAGGUCAAAAAGAGAUGUCAUGAAGUCAGAAGAAAGGCAAAAACUUGCAAAAGAACGCCGGGAGGAGAAGGCCAAAUAUCUUGAAGAGCUCAACAAGUUACAAGCUGCCAAAAAGACCCAGUGGCUGGAGAAGGAGGAGAAGGCGCGGCAGCUGAGGGAGCAGCAGCUGGAGGAACGCCGCAGGAAGCUCGAGGAACAGCGGGUUAAAGCAGAAAAACGACGAGCAGCCCUGGAGGAGAGACAGAAACAGAAACUUGAGAAGAACAAAGAACGCUAUGAGGCAGCAAUCCACAGGUCAACCAAGAAGACAUGGGCAGAAAUCCGCCAGCAGAGAUGGUCAUGGGCCGGUGCACUAAGCCAGAACUCAAACCAGAAAGAAGGCAGAUGCUCUGUUUCAACGGUCAACCUGCCCAAACAAGUGGACUCUGUUAUAAACAAGCGACUCUCCAAGUCCUCUGCUACGCUCUGGAACUCCCCCAGCAGAACCCGUAGCCUUGCAUUGAGUCCAUGGGAGAGCAGUAUUGUUGACCGGCUGAUGACACCGACGCUGUCUUUCCUCGCUCGAAGCCGCAGUGCUGCUAGUGUUCUCAGCAAUGGCAAAGAUGGUCGUAAGUUGGAAAAAAACAUUAAAUAUUCUCUUCUCUGCCCACGUUCAGCCUCAGCCAGUCCGCUCACUCUGUGUGCCCACCAGCCCCACCACCGCUGCUCUGACCGCUGGAGAGUGACAUCCAGCACACCAGACAUCACCCAGCGGCAGCGUCGACGGAGCUCCACACCCAUGGACAAAAACAAGAAAGAAAAGAAAGACAAAGAACGAGAGAAUGAGAAGGAAAAAAGUGCCAUCACUAAAGAGAAAGUGCUGAAGAAGAGACAGUCCCUACCCAGCAUGAGACACAGACCUGAUCCAAGCCCUAGUCCUUUAUCAAGACAACGACCUGCAUCCCCAGCCACACCCAAGGGCAGAACAGCCUCUCCGAGCCCUGCUGCCUCCCCCAAGCCUCCAUCAACACGUGGAAGCCCAUCGACUCCUAAGGGCCGUCCAAAAAGGGCCAGGACCCCUGCCAGGAUAGAUCACCGGACCUCCUCCCCUGUCCCACUUGAGAGAGUAAAGGAGCCUCGUAGGCCUGCCACCCCAGAGGAGAGAAAAAGUUCCCCUGUGGUUCCUGCCAUCGUAGUAUCCUCAAGCGCUGCCACAGCUCAUACGUCAAGCACACCAGUAACAACCAGUGCCGCUUCUUCCUCCCCUGAGCCAGUUCAUUCUACUCCUUCUGUCCGUGCUGUGUCACCUGCACCCUCUCCCUCCACCAAGCCCAUGGCAGGCACCAACGACCCAGAGGAGGCUGCUCGCAUCCUUGCAGAGAAACGCCGGCAGGCCCGUGAGCAGAGGGAGAGAGAGGAGCAGGAACGUCGUGAACAGGAGGAGAAAGAGAGAAUCCUUAGAGAGGAGCGGAUAGCGAGGGAGGCAGAGGAAAGACAACGCAGGGAGGAGGAGGCCCGAGCUAUGGCCGAGGAACAGCGGAGGAGGGAUGAAGCUCAGCGGCUGCAGGAGGAGAAGGAGGCUGAGGAGAGAGCCAAAGCUGAGCAGGAGGAGAACCUACGCCUGCAGAAACAGAAAGAAGAGGCUGAGGCUAGAGCCCGGGAAGAGGCGGAGAAGCAGCGUUUGGAGAGGGAGAAACACUUCCAGAAGGAGGAGCAGGAGAGGCUGGAGAGGAAAAAGGUAGGGCAUUGGAUCCGUCCUCCCAUCAUUGUUCUUUCAGCCAGGUUUUAAAGUCACCUAUGUCAA